GGUCUAUAAAUUUCACUUUUCUUCAUUGUUAUCUUUUCUUCUCCAUCCUCAUUGAUCAUAUCAUCUCUCUUUUAACUUCAACUAGUAUUCUCGAAAAAAUAUACAUUUCUUGAUAUUACAAUAAUGUCAGAAGAAUUUCAAGAAUCCGACAUUAUAUUUUCCGACCAAUCCAAAAUAUCAACUUCUAGCCGAUAUACUAAACUCUAUAACUCAAGAAACGACGAGAAGAAGGGUACAAGACGGCAUGAGACGGCGGAGAAAACAUCUCCGGUGAGAAUUCCGACGAAUAAUUUCCGAUGUUUGGAAUGGGACACGACGGAGGAGGAGGAUGAUAAGACUCCUCCACAUGUAAUAAUCGAACGACGAAUGAAAGAGCAAAUUGCGUUUUCCGCUUGUACUUUAAAAGGAAGAGACUUGAGCCGUCACCGGAACUCCGUUCUUAGGAUGACCGGUUUUUUAGAAGCUUAAUUUAUUUAACCGGCCGGUUCAGUUUGUUUUAUUUCAGUAAUUGACCGGUUCUGUUGGAAGUUUUUAUUUAUUUUAUCAACUGUUUGGGAGUUUUCUUUCGCCGGGCCUUCCUUUUACUCGGGUUCUCUAUUAGGUUCUAUUUUGGUUGCAUCUGUUUCCUUUUCUAACUUAUCCUUUGUUUAAAGAUGUUGCAACGAUAAUGUACAAGCGACAAACUCCUAUGUUUCUUUCAUUACUGUCGACGACAUAAAUAUGUGUUGUAAUUUCUUCCAUACCAGUAAAAAUGUUUGAUUCAUAUCACUUUGACAAUGCAUAUGUUUAUAUCGUGAAUUGAUUGGUAGAUUGUUUCGAAUAUACAAAAUUAUAAUCUGUGUUUGUU